AUGCUGCGCGCACAGCUGCAACUCAUCAUGCGAGGAAGCUCAGAGUUCUGGCGACCUGCCGACUGUGAUGAAAAGAGUUGUCAAGAGGGGAAAGAGAUGGAAAGAGAUGGAAAGAGAGUGUGCAUACGCAUACUGCAUGCAGCCCGCGCGUAUCACGGCGAGAGCAGUCAGAAGACUGCGGGCAAGUUCAAGCUGUGGCUGGAUGACCAUUCAGGGAAGCCAGAUGCACCAUCAGGACGAGGAACACCAGGUUCCGCCAUAAGCGGCAACCAAUGCGGCUUCUACGUUCUGUUGUCUGAUUGGCGGCAGUUGAAACCCUGCAUGGACAUUUUGGCGGAGGCGCAUCAUGGGGAGUUGCGCACAUCCAGUGCGCCAAGAACAGAAGACUUGCAUACAAGUCGUAGCCGGGCAAGCCGUGGGCACAAGUUUCAGGGGUUCAAUACCUACAGGGCGUUUGCAGGAUCUGUGCAAGACCGGGUUUAA